AUGGCUCAGUUUGACCGAUCUAAAUCAUUAGUCAAUAACAACAGCAACGACAAUAACAAUGGUUAUAUGUUGAAUAUACCCCCACUUUACAGAAAAGAAUUUUGUACGGCUGUUUACAAUAGCGACCGCACAUUUACCGAGAUUUCUAGAUUUCGAGCCCCCUGUUAUUUUGGUGUUGCUGGCUGCUGUAGGUGCAUGUUCUACUUUGUUCAUGAAUUAGAAUAUAAAUUGUUUAUGGACUUUGCGUAUCAUUAUCAAAACAAUGACUACAAGAUUCUAAGAAUUAUUUUUUAUCGACAAAACGUAAAGCCAAAGCCAGCUGAGGCUGAGAUUUACACACUGAGUACCGAUUCUUGGAGAAGGGUUGUAAUAUCUGUGGAGUCCUCAAGUGGGUCUAAACCCAUUGAGUCAGUUCAUUAUGAACUUAAGGGUCCCCCUUGCUUUGUAUUUUUUAAUGGGGCCCUACACUGUAUAGCACGUUCUCAGGGCCACAAAUUCAUUAUGUAUUUUGACGUUAAUGAUGAGAGAUUCCGUGAGAUAUUGCUACCUCAAAAUUACUUUGAUGGACUUAUUUCUCGAUAUUCACAACAUCUGUCAGUGUUCAAGGGAUUGCUGGCUUUGAUUGUUUUUGAUGGAAAUAGUAAAAUAUGCCAUAUAUGGAUGAUGAAGGAGUAUGGUGUGGCAGAGUCUUGGAUUAAGAAAAGCGUACCGAUGAAAGAAGAUUUAUGGUUUUAG